AUGAUCCUCGGUUUUUCACCGCAUCCUGACAUUUACAGAGUGUUCCACAUUUGUAAUAAAUCAGAAUUUUAUGAGGAGGCAUAUACGUUCAGCGAUGGAGUAGGUAUGAUAAGUUACGGGUUUGCAGCGGCCAUCGCCAAGGACAUGUCCUUAGGAAAGUGUGUGCCGAGCUGUUACCAGUUCCGUUUUCGCGGCAUGAAAGGUGUGGUGGCAGUCAAUCCAGUACUCGAUGAGAUAGCUUCUUGGGCGAGUAAGAACGAAAUCUCGCCUCCAAAACGAAAUUCUGAAUUCAACAGUUGGUGUCUCAAGCUGAUUUUCCGACCAAGUCAGAUUAAAUUCAAAGCUAAACGUACUGAGAAGGACUCGCUAGAGGUUGUGAAGUACUCCUCUCCUGUUCCUGUUGCCUUGAACAAGCCAUUCAUUUGCAUUCUGGAUCAGGUAUUUUCAAAAUAUAGCUAUGUAUUUAUGUCAGUGUCAGUUUUAAAGCCCACCUGGACAUGUUACCCAUGUCAUUUGAUUACCACCUCUUUCAUCAAAUAUAAGUUAUUGGAGAACAACUUACAUUAG